AUGUUUAAGCCCAAUCGAAUUGGUGGAAGCCGAGGACUGCUCGUCUGUGGCCGACAACUGCGGCAUUUCGUCAGCAGUUUCAGCAACUACGCAUCUCCUCCCUCCUUCCCAAUUGGCCUCAGGGAUCACUACAUAGAUCACAUGUUUGGCGCCUACGAGGAGGUCCUUUCCACCGGGAUCCGCUAUCUGCUCCAGGCGCCUAGGUGCCAACAAUAUUCUCCUAUUUCCCGCUCCCCGCUUGUCUCUGUCAUCACUGAUUACGACGUCUUAACAUAAAUGCUUUUCUUCCAUGGGGUUUGGUGUUGUGUGUUUUUACGAACUGGACGUGCCGCCACACACCGAAUGUUGGCAUGUGCUAUGGGUGAGCAUCGUCAAUUAGGCCUGCCAGACUGCGAUCUAGUUCCCGCUGUUUAUGCAGCGCAUCCAUUGCGUGGUUUGUUUCAGGGGCAAAUGUCGCGGAGAUAACGCUGCACGACGGUGCCGUGUGAGCGAUAGCGCAUCAUCCCCCCAGGCCAUGAGCACAUGUGCGCAAACUAUGCACGGCAGAAAUGCCAGCGAGCUGCCCGCCCCUCCCCCAGUCCACUGGCUGACAAGAUAUGUCUGUCCACCCUCCCUCCUUUAGGUUUACUGCGAUAGGCUCUGAUCCACCGGGCCUCGGUUUCGGCACUUCCCCCGCCUGCGACUGCAGUGAUCCGGAGGUCCUGCAGCAAGAUGCCCGAGUUGGCGUGAAUUUGAUGCAUCAACACGGUCAUCUGCCCUUCUUCUGUGUCAGUUGGUGAGAGGGCAACCAGUCAGCCAUCCGGGCAGCAUCGGAGUUAUGGGUGCUGACAUCAACCUCCUGUCAACCGACCUCUCGUCUGACGUCUCGAUUUAAUUAUCUGUACCCCCUUAAGGUCGAUAAGUACUAAAACAAAAAAGCGCGAUAAAUGCACCGAGACAGUGCACCAAUUUUUAUUUAAUAUUUGAAUGUGUUGUCACAUUUGGUUUUCUUGCUUUCCAUGUAUCCCACACCAUAAACAGGCCCGUCACGUUAUAUCAGCCACUGUACGCAGUCUCCUCAUUCCCAGACCGCCUGACUCGAGCAAGCCACCGAGGGUGAUGUCUGUCAAAGUCGGCCCCGUCUCUUAAUGUUUUCACUUUACACGGAACAAUGAGCUCUGCCUUGAUUAGGACUGGCCAACAAUUGUUUCUUAACGAUGUGAAAACUGGCGGUGUAACACGUCCCUUCUCAGGACCUAGAGUCAGACUCCGUGCCUCAUUGUUGAUGUGGACCUCGGAUUACGCUCGACUGGGUGAUAUCUCCCUCACCCCCCUCCCCAAGUGGAGUCUGGAAGGUGGUGUGCAGUUAGGGAAUUGGUAGUGUGUGGCGGGCGUAUAUGAUCUGUACGGAUGUGGUCAGCCUGAUCAGUGAACAGAUGAGGUUGAUAAGGAGAAUGACCACAUAAUUCGCUGCUAUCAACACGCUUACUGAUGCCAUGUUUUCAUUUCGGCCGCCGCUAUUGUGAUACAAUGAGCUAAUCUGUGAACUGGGUCCUCUAGGUGGAAUCAUUUGAUCGCCACGAGGCACGACCUGCACCGGCUGCGGGCAGACUGGAAGCAGCACUGGUGACCUUCGUGGGGGCCAGUUUACUGUGAGGCAGACCUACGCAUCAUCUCCCUCCCUCUCACACCCACCGGACUCCGAUGGAAAGACAAUGUCCAGAUGACUGGAGGUGGGAUCGGGCGCAGUGGUGGACAAAGCUACAAACUGUCCGUCUAUGCAUUCCCUCACGCGACCUGGUCAAGCAUCGAGCGGUAAUGGUGUUGGCGGUGGAUUUUAGAUAGGAGGAGGAGGAAGCGGAUGAUGGGGGCUGACAGUAUUCAUCCGUAGCAUUUGAGUGUUGCCGGCCACCCUCCUUGUUUUCCUACAUUGCUAAUCCAGUCAUUAGGCUAAUGCGUCACUCCUGUUCACCUUCAGCGACAUCCUUCGAUGUCUCUGGGUUGAUUUUUAGGUAAAGCACCCUAACGAACAGACUUGCGUGCGGACAGUCUCAGAUGAGACCGCGCCUUUGUCGGUGGGGCGGAUAGCGCCCUGACCACUACCGAAUUUCUGCACAGAAGAUCCGGCCUCUACUGCUGUCUUCCCCAAUCUCACGUCAUGCACUUGGUCAUCUCACAACCCACAUAGUUUGAUAGGCAGCAACUUACGGAAUAGAUCAGCCUUCACCGUAUACAUGUGCGUGAAGAAUUCAGUAAUGGCGAUGUGAGCGUAAAAUCGCAGUGCAGACAACGUCAACUUUGAUGACGUGGAUGCGGAUAUCAUCGGUGAGGUAUGGGGAAAAUUUGUGUGGACACACAUGGAAUAUGCGGUACAGGCUUGGCGUCCGUUACUUCGGGAGGGCAUAGCUCAUCUUGAAGGUGGUGUGCAAGGACGUGCUAGAUAGCUUGUCCAUGAACUCAAAUACUUGACGUACGAAUAGCGCCUGACAGCCUUAAACGUUUAUCGUCUCCAAUAUCGACAAGACGUCCGUGAGCUUUUACUCACGUUCCUGUUGUUACGGCCAAUUGAUCUUGAUGUGGACUGACAAAAUCUAUUCGAAAUGGCACCAAAGACGAAUCUUCGACGUCAUGAUUGCCAACACGACAGGGAAAUACGCCGCAACAAUCAACGCCAUAUGUCCUGACAGACUUGAUUUCACAACGCAUCCACUGUUAUCCCCAUGUAUAUAUAGUUCUUCGUUUUAUGUGACAUUCCCUCCACACAGUUUAUGGGGCUUAGCUUCCAACUAAUUGUGGAUUAUCAUCUACCACUCCUCUAGUUCCUGCCGAAUUUCAACUGGUCGUGUGUGUGUGCGUGUGUGUGUGACACUGAGAUCGGGUUGGAGAAGUGAGCGCGAUGCUUGUCAUGCUCAGCCCCAACUCUCUGUUUCCCACUUUAAACAGAAUUCAAACUGGUCCUGUGUGGCUCACGUGGAUGGGCUGUGCAUAUUUCUGCGUCAGUGCGUCAACGCUCACUUCCGACCUCCCGCCUGCCCAUCACACCUCGCCCCUUUCGGGUAACCCGUGACCUAGCCAUAGUUCAGUUCUCACAGCUACCACCAAUGCCUCCUUCAUUCCCAUGUGCCUACCUCUUCCUAAAAAUAUUUCAUUAUUCCACUAUUAUCCAAUAUUCUAAUUCAUCACAUAGCUAUGACCACGUCCAAUUAUUAUUAGCUGGUAUCUCCACCGACGUACACAUAAGUCCAAAGUCAGAGUUGCAUUUAAAUGACAAAGUAGUAUUUCAUUAGUCAAGAACAAACAUGCACGAGGUCUGGGAGCACUGCCCUAUGAAACCAGACUGUCAACUCUCAACCUGUUUCCCUUAUAUUAACAUUUCGCAUUAUCAACGGCAUAGACAGUUGUUUAGAUCCCACUGAUUAGUUUACUCAAGCUAACACGCCCACUUUGCGCGGUCAUCCCGUAAAACUACGCGCAGGGAAAGAAAGGAUCAAUGGACGAAGGUUAUAUUUCAGUAACAGAGUAGUUGCAGCGUGGAAUGCCCUGCCUACCGAUGUUGUAGUUGCCUCCUGUGUGAAUUCUUUGAAGUGUAGACUUGACGCUUAUCAUGCUUCCCAAUCACCAGCCUCACAUCCACUCACGUAACCCGACACUAACGUGUGCAUUUGUGCUACUUGCAAUUAGGAAGUAAGCGUUAAUGAUUACUAUUUCUCGGCUAACUGGCAGCUGUCCGGCGUUAUGUACAAAAUUCCUUUUUCAUCUUCAAUGGUUUUUCCCUUAAUAAACAGAAACACCCCAAUGACAAUCAGAAGAGGUCUGAUAUAUGAAGGUGGGUUGCUGUGCGACUAUCUGUGGACGCUCUAGCUGGCAGCUCUGAGCAAAACGGUCUCGAACGUAUUUCGUCCUGCUUUCAAACGAUAUCCAGGUGACUUUGCAAAUCAGCAGGCCACAGCCAAUGAGAUAACGUGGCAGAAUGCGCAUUCUGCAAUCGCCUCUUCCAAGUCCACAUAAGCAACCGUUUCAACCAGAUGACACAUCCCAAUAUUUGGAAAAAAAUAGCACAUCUUUCGGUGCAUUUAUCGCGCUUUUUAUUUUAGUACUCGUCAGCAUUAACAGAAACAGUGUAUGAGGAGUACAGACACAGAUCAUUGAAUCGCAAUGUCAGGUGACACGAGGUUGGUGUCAGAGGACAAAUAGCCGAAUGCGCCACCAGCAGAACUGGCCAAUGAAAACGCGGCUGACCGUCGAAAUUCAAGUCUGAUGCUGUCUGGAUGGCUAACUGGUCGCCCUCUGACCAGCCGACGCAGGAGAUGGGCAAUUGGCCCAACUGCUGUAUCAAAUUCACGUCAUGUCUGGCAUCCUACAGCAGGUCCUCGGGAUCACUCCAGUCGCGGGCUGAGGGUGGAAUGCUGAGAACGCAGUCUGACGAAUGAGAGUCCAUCGCGGUAAACCUGCAGGCAGGAAGGGAUGGAAGAUGGGGACGGAGAGAAUUACGUUGUCAACAGACGUCAGACACCAUUGUCAUGCAUAGUUUACACCAGUGUGCACACAGCACGAAGGCUUUGUCGUGUAGCCGUCACACAGUACCCUCAUGCAGCAUUAUCAUCGCAAGCAAGCAUCUAGAAAUGAAUGAUCGUGAGCGACGAUCGGGCGAAAUCCUCCUUUUACAUAAAGUGCUCUAAGAUUACAUUCAUACUGAUGUACGGCACUGAUCUGCUUUCCAUCAUUCCGAAAAACUGCCCUUUGCUGCAAUUGUCGCAGGAAGUCCAGAUAGUGCAUCACUGCCUGUCAUUAUCGGGACAGGGUCCACUGCGGGCAGUCAUUCUGGAGAAUACGGCCGACAGAUUGACUGUCCGUUUUAUCCUUAUCUACAGGCGUGUGAUGUGUAACUAACUGCAAGCUAGGUAAGAUAUUCGCAGAAGAAAAGACCCAGAUCUAGCAUGAUACUACUGCGACGUCUCAAACUCUCACUCCGGUCCGCCAUCAAUGAUCAAUGAAAACAUCGAAGGCUAUUGAAUCCCAGGACCUUGUGGGACAUAGGUGUGUGCAAGACAGUUCACUCUCCAGACGUGCCUUAAAAGCAAUACUUUUCUGACGUGUGUGCCAAUGAGCGGUCUCUGUAUGCUAGCAUCCCCACCCAAUCUUCAGUGUGUACAAAUUGGCUACGUAUUGUGGUCGACGGCAUCUGCGUCAGUUGUAUAUCGUAUUUCCGCAUGCGACUUUCAUGGUGUGUCCAGAUCUAUAUCUACAUCAGUUUGUAAAUAUACGCUACACGAAGCCGCCAUGGAGAGCAAGCAUUUCGCUUAUGACGUCGUAAUCAGUGAUGGCGGAGACGAGGAUGGGAGGGAGGGAAUGAGCAGGAUAUUCUUGACUCCUUGGCGCUUGGCGCAGAUAGCGGAUUCUGACGGAAAGGGCCUCCUCGUAGGUACCAUACAUUUGAUUUUUGCGGCGAGCCCUGCGGCCAAUUCGGAAGGAGAGAGGAGACGAGCGGUCCUCAGCAUCCACCAGGUCCAUGGGGAUUGAACAUGCACUUUCUACAAUGAUUCCGAUAGGAGAAUCUGUAGGUGGAUUUUUAAAAUUGCAAAAUGCCCGUACAAAUGUGUCUGUAUUCUCUGGUACAGCAUAAAUGCAGAUAAAUGUGCAAUUUGUCCAGAAAGACAGGGCGCAUCGGCCUGUAACACUAUUUAACUGUGGAUGCAAAAUCAAUGAAGACAUGCCCAAUAUUAAGAGCGCUCUGGAUUUUGUCCUACUCCAAUGCAGGUCUCUUCUCGUAGGUUCGCGUACCAGGUCGGUCACGGUUGAUGAAAAAUGCAAUCUUGUGUCCAAAUGUAGCACGAUCUCGUAAAGGUUCAGUCUCGUCUUCGGGGCUCAGUCUGAUAUUUUCAUGGUGAUUUAAUUGAGAUCUCAGAUCUAUGGAUUUCGUGUGACCCAGCUUGACAGGAAGUGUGUAGGGCUGUCCCUCAUGUCUUCUUCUUCUUCUUCUUCUUCUUCUUCUUCUUCUUCUUCUUCUUCUUCUUCUUCUUCUUCUUCUUCUCCAUGGUACGGCUGCGAUAAUGCCUGAUCUAGCCGGCAUCAUCGAGGCCUUCUCUGCUUGUCAGUCGCAUUUAUAUAACAUCAUUCGUUCUUUCGCCUGUGUUAGAGAGAGGGAGAGGGAGAGAGGGAGCACGAUAGAUCUCAUUUUGCAAGUGUCAUUCUAAAAUUUUCAGCAAAUAGGCCUCCAUCCACAGUGGAUAAAAAUGGGGCAUGCAAAGCAGAUACAGCUCGUGACCGGUCUCAUGAAAUAUUGAUCGAAAUUCUGAAUGGAGUUUUCGGUUAGGAAGGAUUACGUAGGUGGGGUUGUAACAUUGAUUAUCGUACGGCAUAACGCUAUAUAUUUCGGACUCGCCAGGAUGUCGCCUUUUGAAUGCAUUCCUUUUCGACCUCAUGCAGAAACCACAAUCUGUAAAAAUGAUCACUUAUUCUGCAUGCAUUUUUCAAAUUAAUUUUCGUCUCUGCCGAUAAAUUCAAAUAUAUUUUGUAGAAGAAGUGCACAAAAUAUACACCAUUUAAACCUUUGGUCGGUAACCACAUUGUGCUCACAUUUUUUACCCGAAAGUGUGUAUUUCAGUUUUGAAAAUGUUUCCCAAUUCCCGAAUCAUUUCGAGCCUGAUCUGCCACUGCAUUAGCGCUAGUCGUUUGCAGUCUGCACGGUGUACGCUUUCCGUGCAAGGAAAAUCACAUACUCCUCUAUGCCUUUAAGAAGAUACUAUAUGGAUUUCAUGAACUUCUGCAAUGGAUGUGGACUAUGUUGUACAUUUGAUGAGGAGCACUGUGACACUUAUAUGUGCCAUGCUGUAUGUAUGGUCAUCGCACGGUCUUAGAAAUCUCGUAAUGCAAAACUUUUUUUAAAACCGAAGGAUAAAAUUGCUUGGGGUAUAAAAUGUAAAGAGGAUGUGACCUUCUACCAAACUACUAAAAGAAAGCAUAUUUUUGCGCCUUUUCUAUAUAAUGUAUUUAAAUUUAUUUUGUCAGCGAAAAUUGAUGUGAAUAAUUCAUAGUAAAUAAGUAGUCAUUUUUCAACCAGCGUGGUUUCUUCAGAAGAUUGUAAGCAAGUUCAUUCAAAUGGCGACAUUCUGUCGAGUACGAAAUUCAAUAGCGUUAUGCUGAAUGAUAAUCAGUGUUACAAUCCCACCCAAGUAAUUCUUCCCAAUCGAAGCAUUUCCGCCAAUAUUUCAUGAUAUCGGUCAAUCACUGUGGUGAACAGAAGAUCAGAAGUCUGCCACCGUUGUAUACCGACGUGGCUGAUGGACUUCGGCCGAAAUAUUCAUACAUACAGAUUUUGGUGUGAGCCUACAGACCUUAAGGAUGCAGAUGUACUCCAGGUUUGCAGUUAAUUUCUAAGGAAAUUUAAGGAGCAACGAUGACCUAAUUAUUGUACUUCAGAUAAACAAAGAGGGGAAAAUGUAUGUAUAUAAUUCGCGAAAUAGGCCAACAGAUGUACAUAUAAGAAAACUCCCAUGUGACUGAAGAGUAGAAAAAAAAGAUAACUAACCUGCCCUGUGACGAUGGCGGUGGCUGGGAUGUUGUGUGGUAGGACAGUCAGCGCUUGAGGCGAGCUUGUUUGCCUAUGGCAGUCCGUUCUCCUGGUCGACAGUCUGUUAUUCUUUCACGACGCCUUCUGUCAGCCUGACACCUCCUGCCAUUUGCAACGCACGUGACAUGGCCACGUCGUGGAGACGACUUGACGCCAAUCGGCGUUGUGUCAUUUGAUAAGAAGUAGAAGCGAUCGCUGGAAUAAGAGCCUUAUUCGCCCGACGGUUCGGAUUCUCCCUCGAAGCCAUCAUCAGAGGCAGUAGCAGAAACGGGUGAUUCGUCCACGGGAGGUUGCAGUAUUUAUAGGAUGCAGUCGCUAUGCCACUGCAUGCCAAUGAUAAUUAAUCGCCCUCCCGCCCCCCUCAUCGGGGAUUGUUGCCCGCUGGUGCGCUAAUUGCUUCAUGGACUGCAUGCAAGUUGUCAAUUGCUGAAAUCUCAUCACUCGUGUUGCAUGCUGGCGGGAUGAUUUCUCGGCCAUCUGGCUCAGCGGCCUGCGGGCAGGGAGUGAAAGCAUGCACAAGGAUUGCAUCAUUCGCCAUGAUCUGAUGCUGUCUCUGAUGUGAACCUGAAAGGUCAAUUCGUAUUUCCACGGUUGCGUCUCCUCCGCCUUCCUGAAAUAAAAUAUUUAAACACAUGAUUGGACCUCGGCUUUUAAAUAUAUGUUCUCAUAGUGAGGUGGGAGGAAGCAGCGAGCGUGUAUGUACAGGGACAGCCACAACCUGUCUUUGCUCUGCACUGACCUAGACAACUCCGGAAUAAGAUGUGCAUCACAUCUACGCACAUCGCUCGAUUCUCAAUAUGCUCCUACUAUAACAAUCAUCGUCUUGCCAUGUCUCACAUUGGUCUGGAGGAAACUAGACAAAGCAUAUAUCCCGAAUGCCAAGUAUUUUUCAGCACGACUACACCGCAUCAUGAUGGCUUGUUGCCUAAAAUCAAGGCCAAAUGUGAUAUCUCAGCGUGUCUGUUGCGGUCAUAUACGCUGGUUCUUCAUGUUGACCUGGACUCCUUUGGAAUUUUGAUAAAAAGGAACCUUCAAAUAAGCCCCUCAUAUGCGCGCAAGCCCGUUCUUAAUCCGAGCAGGAUUUUCCGGCGUGUUUGCAAGUCACUCUGCGUACUUUAAUCUUCUCCCAUUUGUCCUCUCCGUCCACCAGCGCACAAUAUCAAGCAUUCGUCACACACAGUCCUAUGUGUGUCGCACGUAAAACAGAGACGUCACGUCAUCUUAGCCAUCAGUCUACGUCCACUCCCCCUGCCUGUCGCUACUCCGUCAGCCUCAUCGGCUGGUUCGGUUAUUUGAAUGUGCCCCUACGAGACUGCGCGAUAACUAACUGUUAGCUCAUGCUCGCAAUUGACUGUGUACACGAAACCUCUAAGGAUGAGUGCAGUUUAUGCCAAAGUCAAACAACUGCAGCCACGUCAAUAUUCACAACGGACAGCAAUCCACCGCCAGUCCCUUCUGUCAUUGACAAUAUUUCUGUUUGUGGAUCAUCGUCGGAGACACUUUUUGGCUCAUAUAGGCCGAGCAGUUGUUUCAGAGUCUCGGGCGACCUGCGGACUGGUUAAGGAAAUUGCAGCCAUUGGCGAACUCCGCCGUGUGCCGCACAGACUGAAGGCAGCACUGGCGGCGUUCGCAUGAAUCCGUUUAUUGUGAGGCAGCUCUGUGCAACAUCUACCCCACUCCCUCCCUCCCUCUUUCCCACCCACACCCACCGGACUCCGAUGGAAAGACAAUGUCCAGAUGACCGGAGGUGGGAUCGGGUGCAAUGGUGGACAAAGCUGCAAACAGUCCGUGUAUGCGUUCGCUGACGCGAUCUGGUAAAGCAUCGGGUUGUGUGAAAGAACAUGCAUCGCGCAUGCAUGAGCGCUGCAUGUCCCGUCCGUGUGUCGGGCGAUGUGGAGUGAGUUCCUGUGUGGUGUAUGUGCUGGUGGAUAGAGGUGAAUACGACCUAGAGCGUCUCCGACCCGUCGACACACAUCUACCUCAGUUAUAUGGCUUGCCCAAGAUCCACAUAAAUGGUACACCGGCUCUAGACAUGAAAAACUCGCCGCCCCAUGCUAUAGCGAAAUGGCUAGCGAAGAAACUUAAGCACAUACAGUACCGGUUAUCAUCACAUAGUUAUCGGUAUACCUUUUAAUUCGUUAACGGCAUGAACGAUCCCGACCUAAUGGGAAAGGUUAUGUUUUCGCUAGACGUCUCUUCUCUUUGUACGAACAUACCGGUCACAGUAAUCGUCAAUUACCUCUGUGAAUCCAUUGCCUCCAAUCAUCAUGAUAUAGGACUGCCGGUGGAUGCUCUCAAAGAAUUGCUGCUGAGAUGUACCUUAAACGUACAGCUUCUGUUUGACUACAAUCUGUAUAGACAAAUCGACGAAGUAGUUAUAGGCCCGUCCCUUCGUCCGCUUUUGACGAAUAUGUUCAUGGGCAAGUUAGAAGCUUUCGAACUUCUUCUCCAGAUCGAUGGUCUGAGAUAUUAUAAACGCUAUGUGGAUGAUAGAUUCGCGAUUGCACCUAAACAAAACGACGUUUGAGUCCCACGUGUGGAGAGGACAAGGACCAACUGCCAGGCCAGACCACCUCUAUGUGUAAGUACUCCAUCACCUCCUCCUGCGGAGCAGAAUAUAGUGGUCGCACAAUGCGACGUUUGUCAAAAGGAAUAAGAGAGCACCUUCCAGCAUGGUUAGAGGAGGGUCAAAUGAAGAAAGUUAACAGGUCUAUCCUCGCGCACAUGAUAGACGCGGACCACGGUGUAGAUUCCGGGCAGGCCGUCUGGGUGAUUUACAAGGUUCCGUCAAGCCAUCCAAAAUCACUUGGACAGCGUCUGUUGGCAGCGGCAGAGACGGCUGCAUUCAGGUUGCACAAACAAAUCCUAUGCACGCUGAGAUCUUCAUGCAUGCCUCGCAGUUAACAUUGGCCAAAGUCACCAAGGCAGCCACCGGCCUAUAAUUACCCGUCCCAGUGUCCACUAUUCCCCCUCCCCCUUGACACUGAGGGCAAUAUUGUUUUUCGUUUCACCCAACCCCUACUACAGAAUAACGUCUACUUGCCCGCUUUUUAUUAUUAAUCAUUUUGAUAGAAAUAUAAAUUCCGCAAAUAUUCCCAUGUUACACUUGAAAAGUCCAGUUGGCGAACACGCGUUUUCGGUACUUCUUCGUCAGGCCGAUACAAUUACAUUAAGGAAUGAAAAUGUACAAAAUCAACAGUGUUUAUGGGUGUCCCAAGAGCUAUUAAGUCAUUAACACUCAUCAUCCCCACGCCGCCCGCAUGACAAGGUCGGCGGGUGUUAGUCGUCAGAGCUAGGGGAGGGGAGGGGGAUAAGAGAAUUAUUGAGUGAUGUUCUUGGAUUGAGUACACGGAGUACCCAUCAUCGUGAUUAGGGAUUUGAGGCGGCAUGGCUUUAUCACUUGGGGUUGGCGAGGUGAGACCCGGUCGAUUUCGAGUUCUAUCCUCGCACAUUUAAUCGAUACGAACCGCCGAGUCGAUGCCAAGAAAGCAUUUCUGAUUGUCUACCGGACACCAACAUGAUUCUCUAAAGGCCUACGCCAACGGAUACUAGCAACGGCCGAGGCAGUAGCUAUACGGCCAGCGACUCCGGUGUUAUGCUGUCAGAAAACUCUGACACAAGCGCUUUAUCUGCCGUGGCCAACGCCAACCCCAAGUGAUAAAGCCAUGCCGCCUCAAAUCCCUAAUCACGAUGAUGGGUACUCCGUGUACUCAAUCCAAGAACAUCACUCAAAGAUUCUCUUACCCCCCUCCCCUCCCUAGCUCUGACGACUAACACCCGCCGACCUUGUCAUGCGGGCGGCGUGGGGAUGAUGAGUGUUAAUGACUUAAUAGCUCUUGAGUCACCUAUAAACACUGUUGAUUUUGUACAUUUUCAUCCCUUCAUGUAAUUGUAUUGGCCUGACGAAGAAUUACCGAAAACGCGUGUUCGCCAACUUGACUUUUCAAGAAAUAUAAAUGUGUAGGCCUGAAGGUAAUUUAUUGAAAGCAGACGUAUGCACACCAAAUUGUCUUUUGACAGACUAUUGAAACAGAAAACACAUUUAUUAGCCUUUACAAACCAUUCGACCGUGGCUUCUAUUCAGUCUGAAGCGCAUGCCACAAGCAUUUCUCCUAGCGAAACGAAUCUUACAUGCAGACAAGUAAUACCUUUCAGUCAAAGACUUUUGGCGACCAGACAUGUUGGUUAUGCAGCGCGCCUUUCGGCCAAGGUUACAUGCGAUUCGGAAUUAACCGUACCAAAGUUAGCAUUGAGUUGUCAGGACUGCGGAUGUCCUAACAGUGAUGAUAGCAUGCUCGUACGGAUAUUCGCUAGUGGUCAGCAAGAUGUCUUCGUGCAUGCAGUGACCUUGACUCCUAGGGCUUAUAAAGUAAAUUAACAAUGGUUUGUAGUGGCUGGAAAAGGCGUUUUGUUUUAAUGCGUCAAAAUGCCUGACGUUAAACUUGGACAGGAAUUUCAAUACCAAUUUGUCACCAAAUUGUAUUCUCGUGGCCACUUUGUUACUUCUAAUUCUGCUCGUCAAUACACCCGUGCAUAUUUAUCCAAACAUUAACCGAUUUAUUAAAAACAUUCGUGACUCCGUAUCGUUCCGUUUCUAACUAUUUCCACUUUGAUUCAUCCCCGCCCUUCUCUUCAUUGAUCACAUUAUUUUAGCCUGACCUUAUUGGCUAUGCCCUCUGCCUAACAUUUUCAACCAACACAAGUGCUAUCCUUCACUCUCAGUGUCAAUUCGCCAGUCAUUUACUAAAAUUAUCCGACCUCAAGUACAACGACAUCGUUUACUCAAGUCCAAAGACUCCACCUGCCAGCGAGCCGAAAACCGACAUUCAUAUAUUUGAUCUUCCUUGACCGUGCGGACAGAUGAUAUUGCAUUGUGGCUGCGCGUUGUGGAACGGCGUCUCGCCCUGUGCUAGACUUACAGGGGAGGAUACGAAAUUUCAUUGUGCUGCAGAAACACUGCCAAUGGAUAUCGAUACGGACCUUCGCGAUAUUGUAGAUUGUCCGCCCACAGAAGCCCCGAAUGCGGCCUGAAAUUAUGCAUUCAUCUGCCGCAUUUCCCAAUCAACGCAAAGACGUCUGCAUCGCUUGAUUCCGAAGAGGACCUUGGUGGCAGGAAGUCUACGCUGCUCCACGAUGGCAUGAUGGCGCGAAUAAAGAACAAUGAAACUGUCUCAGAGGCAUUCACAAUGACCAACGGAAUGAAGCAGGGCUGCAUGCUCGCGCCCACUCUACUCAGCCUUACGUUCUUUGACGAAGCAGACACGAUCGCCGGGAUCGUGUCUCCUUCUUCAAGACUACUUCCUGGGACUCGGCUCUUCGCUUCUUACGUUCUUUGCCUACCGUGACGAACGCCCUGGGAUCCGCAUCGCCUACAGGACGGACGGCCAACUCCUCAAUCACUGGCGGAUGCAUUUCCAGUCGCAUGUAUCCACAACUACCGUCCAUGAACUUCUCUUCGCGGAAGAUUGUGCUCUCAACGCGACCACACAAAGGGGCAUGGAUCUCAUCGCCGUCGCCGCCGCCUGCGACAACUUAGGCCUGUUCAUUAACACGCAGAAAACGGUGGUUAUGCAUCAACCGUCACCCACGGCUGUCUACGUCGCCCCCCAAAUCAACCUGAACGAAGCCCAACUGCAAGUCGUGGACAACUUCGCCUAUAUUGGAAGCACACUCUCGCGCAACACAAACAUCGAGGACGAGGUUGCCCGUCUGCUGUCCAAAGCCAGGCUGUAA